CUGCUCAUCCGUGCGCUCUAGUUUCACUUCCGUUAUCUUCUGCAGCACUGCACAGUUACAUGUGAUCGAACCUUUUCGUUUGUAUCGAAUGCACUAGUGCUUUCUUUGCUUACUUUCCACUUGAAGAAGAAACACGAGUGCUGCUAAUACGUCGGCUCGCGAUCAUCAUGUGGGCCCGACUUCGGAUACCUUUAAUGUCCGUCCGCUCAAGCACAAACUUUGAGCAAGCAAGGCACAGAUGUACUUCAGCAGCAAGCUCUGCAGGAUCACGACAGUCCACGGUGUUUGAAGAAAACCGUAGUAAAUUCGACGCCCUUGUGCAUCAGUGGUGGGACCCGGAAGGCGAAUUCUCUGCUCUGGCGAGAAUGAACGCAUUGCGCAUCCCUUUUAUUAGAGACGGUCUCUUGCAAACUGGAAAAUCGGCUGUGACACCGUCCGCUACAUCGAGAACAAAACCGCUGCUGGGAUUGAAAAUCCUUGACGUUGGCUGUGGUGGUGGACUGCUUUCUGAGCCACUUGCCAGGCUAGGUGCUACAGUGACUGGAAUCGAUCCCACACCUGGAAGCAUUGAUGUUGCCAAAGCACAUGCGGACAGAGAUCCUGAAAUUAGGGACAACAUCUCAUACGAGGAAACUGAAAUUGGCACUCUGGUACAACGUGGCAUAAAAUACGAUGCAGUUGUAGCCAGUGAAGUCGUCGAACAUGUUCAAAAUUACUCGAGCUUCGUCAAGUCCUGCGUCGAGCUGACAGAGGAUGGUGGCUCCCUCUUCUUCACAACCAUCAACCGUACAGUCCCAUCAUAUUUAAUAGCGAAGAUUGCAGCUGAAUACAUAUUUCGAAUUGUGCCGCCUGGCCUCCAUGACUGGAACAUGUUUGUGCCACCAGAGCAAAUGGAAGAAGCUCUUGAAUCAUGUGGCUGCUACGUCCGGCUGAUCCACGGCACCAUGUACAACCCCCUCACUCGUGCCUGGAGCUGGGUGGACUUCACGAGUUUGACAUACGCGCUUCAUGCUGUAAAGGAGAGAGUGUAAAUAUGUGUUGUACCAGUUGCCAAUGAGAAAAUGUGUAAAGGGGCAGGCAUGUGCCCAUGUUUGCAAAUUAAAGGUUUAUGUUUUCCUG